AAUCAGACACCGGACAAACAGACGAAUUUCCGUUGUGAAGACUCAUCCUUUCAGGAUUGAGAAUAAUCUGUUUUUUUUUAUCAAACUUAACCCUUUUUCGUGUUUUCCUGUUAUAGUAUCGUCAUUCUAGUUGUGUCGUGAAAUUAUGCACUAUCACAGGUGAUCCACAUGUAGCUCAAUCAGCGCUUAAAGGCAAUGUAAAAACAUUUCCACAAAAUCUAUCAGAUAUUGCUAAACAUCUUCCUUUAUCGCCAAACGAUCUACCUGAUAUUAUUAAAAUUAUAUUUGUUGGUAAAACAUUUCCAAGUAAAGAUCAAGCGCAGUCAAUUUUCACCGUUCGUCGGGGAACAAUUCGCACAGCACUUAUUUGGUUGCAUGCAAACAAUAUCUUAUAUAAGGACAUACACAUAGAUCAUUUACUUAUUGAUACAUUACCAUCAAAUGAUAUACCAGAUUGCCUAUGGAAUACAAUGUCAUUGGUAAACCAAACAGAAACUUCAGAUAUUGAAUGCUCCAGUUAUGUUGAUAAUGAUAUAAAUCUCAAUGAAUUAUGUUUAAAUGGUGUUGUUCCAUUAAACAUGAGUGUACGCACUAGCAUUACCGGCGAACUAACAGCAUUAAAUGAUAAUAUUUAUGUUGUACCACAUGAACAAUACCCAGUGAACGAAUAUUUCAAUACAUCAUUUUUGCCAGGCCUGUAUCCGACAUUAUUUCCAUACGGCAUAGGUGGUGUUGAAGACGAACACAGACUAGUAUGUGUAUCAUAUGCAAAACAUAUUCGUCAUUUCUUGUCUUAUCAUGACCAUCGUUUCGAAAUGAAUACAUCAUUUAUUUUUGUUACUUUUAACAUUUUACUACGACGUAACGCAUGCGCUAAAUCACGUAUACUUGUAUCAAGACCAUUUUUUAGCUCACAAGCUUCUGAGAUAAAUCAACUAACAGCUGAAGAGGUUAAAAUAGCUCUAGAUCAAAUUGAGUCGAAUUCGAGUGAACGAACAUUAAAUCCACACUGUAAAUGA